CAUUAUCUGGUUAAACUUAUUAACCCCUGGGCCGCAAAACUUUAAUUAGAUAGCCCUGUGGAAAGUCGGUGGAAAGUCGGAAUGCGAGUAAAUCAGGUUGAUGAGUGACUGACUGACUGGCUGACUGGCUGGCUGACUGGCUGACAGUCCGGGUCUCCCGGUUCACGGAGUUCGGACAAGUUUAAUUAGAUCUGCAUAUGCAAUGAGGACUCGAGGGCUCUGUUCCGGUAAACAGGUUAACGAACUGCCGGAGCGGAGAAGUGGCCAACAGUUUGCGUUUGGCGGCGAAAGGAUGCGCUGGCUGGGGAUUCUGAUUGGGGCGUACAUAUCCCUGGCGAUGGCCAUCUUAAUUCCCAAUCCCAACCAGCCGCCACUAAAUGGUUACGAGAUGCAUCUGAAAAUAUUGCUACAGAAAAUCCUGUGGGUUGCCAAUGUGAAGCGAUGCUUUGGCGUCAUCACGGAUGAUCUGCACUAUCCCAUAUACGAUCGCAUAUUUUUCGAAUCGGUGGGUCGCCAAGUAAAACCCAUCUUUGUGAUGCGGUCCAAUGCCAGUGAGGAUCUGCAGCGACCUUCCAAACAAGUUGAGCUCUUCGUUGGCGCCAUCAAAUCCAGUGAUUGUGACCUCACUAUCAUCACCAUUCUAAAUGGCUGGCAGGUGCAGCGAUUUCUUGGCUAUAUCUACGAGAAUAGAUCCUUGAAUAUGCAGAAAAAGUUGGUAUUAUUACACGAUUCGCGGCUUUUUGAGAGCGAUAUGAUACACCUAUGGAGCGUUUUUAUCGGCGCCAUUUUCCUCAAAAGGCAGUUGGACAACAAGUAUACCAUUUCUACCAUAGCUUUUCCGGGCAUUUUGAGUGGCGUUUUGGUAACGAAGAAUAUUGUUAAUUGGGAAUUGGGCAAGGGUGUGAAUGGCAGUAUUUUAUUUGCUGACAAAACGAGUAACUUAUUCGGAACCCCCUUGCCCGUGGCCAUUUCCGAGCACGUGCCCAUGGUUCUUUGGGCGAAUGCGACAAACAGCUUCCAAGGAGUUGAGGUGGAGAUCAUGAAUGCCCUGGGCAAGGCCUUGAACUUCAGGCCCGUCUACUACAAGCCGAAUCAAACUGAGAAUAUGGACUGGGAGCUGGACGGUGCUGCCGAUGGAAAUGCUGAUCCGGAUGCAUACGGCCAGAACGGCACACACAUUGACUCGAUGCUUGUGAAUGAGGUGGCUGACCACAGUGCCCGCUUUGCCAUUGGGGACUUGCAUCCGUUCCAGGUGUAUCUGAAAUUAGUGGAGCUAAGUGCGCCGCACAAUUUCGAGUGCCUGACCUUUCUCACACCGGAAUCCUCGACGGAUAACUCCUGGCAGACCUUCAUCCUGCCCUUCAGCGCCGGCAUGUGGGCGGGUGUACUGCUCUCACUUUUUGUGGUGGGCACUGUUUUCUAUGCCAUCAGCUUCCUGAACGCCAUUAUCAAUGGAAAUGUGUCCUCCGAGUUCUUUCGUUGCCUGCGACAAAAGCGCACACUGCCCAUGGAUCCGAAGAUCUAUCGGCGCAUUAGUUUUCGCAUUGCCAUUAGUCGCUAUCGGCCAUCUAGAGAGGAUCGGAUACCCCGCGAUCUAUUCGACGGCUAUGCCAACUGCAUCCUGCUCACCUACAGCAUGCUCCUCUAUGUGGCUCUACCACGAAUGCCUCGAAACUGGCCACUGAGGGUACUCACUGGCUGGUACUGGAUCUACUGCAUCCUCUUGGUGGCCACAUAUAGGGCCAGCUUCACUGCCAUUUUGGCCAACCCGGCUGCCAGGGUUACUAUAGACACACUGGAGGAUCUGCUGCGAUCCCAUAUACCGCCAUCUGCUGGGGCCAAUGAGAACAGACAGUUCUUUCUGGGUGCCAAUGAUGAGAUUGCUCGGAAAGUUGGCGAAAAGAUGGAGGUGAUCGGAUACAGCGACGAUUUGACCUCUCGCAUUGCCAAAGGUCAGUGCGCCUACUAUGACAACGAGUUUUAUCUGCGCUACUUACGAGUGACAGACGAAUCCGGAUCAGCUCUACACAUCAUGAAGGAAUGUGUGCUCCAUAUGCCCGUAGUGCUGGCCAUGGAGAAGAACUCGGCCCUGAAGCCGCGCAUAGAUGGCUCCAUACAACAUCUGGCGGAGGGCGGUCUGAUAUCCAAGUGGCUGAAGGAUGCCAUACAGCAUCUGCCGGCGGAGGCUGUGGCCCAACAGGAGGCCCUGAUGAAUAUUCAAAAAUUCUGGAGCUCUUUUGUGGCCUUGUGUGUUGGUUACGUCAUCUCGAUACUAACUUUGCUCGCUGAACGAUGGCACUUCAAGCACAUCGUUAUGAAACAUCCCAUGUAUGAUGUGUACAACCCGAGCUUGUAUUAUAACUUUAAAAGAAUGUAUCCACAGCAUUGAAGUCAA